UUCACUCGCAAUAAAAAGGCACGGAAAGGCACGAAACCAGAGACUCCAAAGGCCUCAAAAAUACCCAUUGCUUUGCCACUCUAGCUUCUACAGGCGUGCAACUCUCUGAUUCCCGGCUGUGGUUAGUCUAGACCAAGGGAAAAAGAGAAACUCUAUUGUUAUCAGGCGGUAGCAAACUCUAGUGCUGGCCUCCGGCGCACUCUAUAGUCACAACCCGCCCACCAAAGAGCAACCGCAGGGUAGCGUCCCCCUGGCGGGGAUUAGUUUGGUAAUGCUGACAAGUACUGGUGGGUCCGGUUUCUUGAGGCGUUAGGGCGAUUCCCUCUGGGCAACGCGAAGUCGAGGCGAAGCCCGGAAAGCCUCUGAGAUUGAUUAUGGACAAGGUGCCCAAAAGCAGUAAUAAUUCAUCAACAUCUCCACAAGUAGCAUCUUUACAAGGUACCGCUCUACAGGAAGCUCAACUUCCUCAUGUUUCUCAACAGAUGUCUCUUAGAGGUCCAACUCCACUAACAGUGGUACAUCUGUCUGGAGAUCAAGUCCAGGGAGUCAUUCAUACAGCUCAGACCUCCUCUGUGAUUCACUCACCACAAGGACAAUCAAUACAGGUGUCAUUAUCCGAAAAUGAGGAUUCACAAGAUUCUUCAGAUAGCAUGGACUCUUCCCAAAAAGCAAGAGGACUCUUAGCACGCCGUCCAUCUUACAGAAAAAUCUUGAAUGAUCUUUCUUCUGAAGACACAAGGGAUAGGAAAGGAGAUGAAUCGAAUGCUGUUGUCACUUCAGUGCCCGUCACUGCACCUGUUUAUCAGACCAGCACUGGUCAAUAUAGUAUAGAAUCGCUGCUUUAUCGUAUGCUCUACUCUGAUUCCUUAACAGCUGCAUCUGGGGAUAUGCAGGCCUACCAGUUACGCAGGACGCCAACCACCACUUCCCUUCCACAAACAGUUGUGAUGACAACGUCCUUGACAUCUCAGUCAACCAAAACAGAUGAUCCCCAACUGAAACGAGAAAUAAGGCUGAUGAAAAAUAGAGAAGCCGCUAGAGAAUGCCGUAGAAAGAAGAAGGAAUAUGUUAAAUGCCUUGAAAAUCGAGUUGCAGUCCUUGAAAACCAGAACAAAACUUUAAUUGAAGAACUAAAAACUUUAAAAGAUCUUUAUUGCCAUAAAAGUGUGUAAGAAAAGAAGGUAAAAGCUUUUUCACGAAUAUCAGGGGG